AUGAACAAGGAAAGACUCCCCACAGUGUUCUACGUUCCAACUAUACCCAAGCACUCUGUAUUGCCACGAUUUCAAAGAGUCACCAACCCGGUAUUGACGCUCUCACUAGAAGACACGUCCAUCAGGAAUUUGGUGCAUCCUACUGAGAUAAAUUGUGCCGACAGUCCGGUGUAUGCGGAUGCGACAAUACUGCCCAAACACACACUGGCAAUAUCGACAUCACCGGUAACCACUAGACGUGGAUCAAAUUCCUCACACGGUUUCGAACCAAGAAAAUCCACUACCACCCACAUGGAUGAGACAACUGCGAUCAAUUUAGAGCAAUCCGAAUUCAAUGAUGCGUCAGGCUCUCCGAAACGUACUAUUGGUUCCGAGCAACUGUUGUCAUAUAAGCCGGACGAAGACCCAUUCCCUCUAUCACGUACCCAAUCAGAUUCUGGAAAGCUAACCUCCGGAAAAAGAUGUGUCAGGACAGCAAGAUAUUGUAAAACGUUUGUAGCUUUCCUCUUCUCUCACAUAGGCCUAUGUUUAUUGGUGACUGGAUAUUGCGCAGCUGGGGCAUUUAUGUUCCGAAGCAUUGAACAAGACCAUCAAAUCGACUUAAUGCACAAACACUCUGCCGAAUUGGUUAAGAGCUACCAAGAUAUCCAAAGAGUUAUUUGGAAGCUUCGACACACAUUGCUUAACAAUUGUAUUAUACACCUAGGACAAAGGUUAGAGGAAGCGUUAAAUGGGACAUCUGAUCAGGAGAAAGAAUACGUUACUGGCCAGUCUUCUUCUAGGAUCCCAUCUUUGACUAAGCCUUUCGCACUAACAAAUGAAACAAAUGAUCCUAAAAUUAAUUCUGGUUUUACCGACCGCACACAAGAAAUUCGUUUUAACAUGCAAAGUGGGUCAAAUUCGAUGAAAGAAACAGAAGAGAGGCACAAACAUUUGGAAGAACUGGUGACUCAGUCCAUUGAGCUAGCUGCGCUUUACAGUGAAGACCUAGUACAUGCUGCGUACAGGGCUUGCGAUUCCGGAUGGCGACCGGCAGUUGCACACGGCUUCUUGCAAAGCAGUUGUGGCAAUUGCCUCAAUGGAUUAUACAAUGAUUCUUUCUUACACGCCAAAGAAUGUGGUGAAAACGACACAUACGCCUGUAAAUCACAUUCAGCGGAUUUGGAGGUUCCGAAAACCACUCCAAGAAUGGCCAACAGUCGAGAUUCCUGGUCGCUAACAGGCGCUCUGCUAUAUGCCCUAACAGUCAUCACUACAAUUGGUAAGUUCAACUUAGCCUUCUGA